GCCAUUUCGUGGUGGUAAAUGCCACCAGAUGGCAGUUUAGGAUUGCUUCUCUCCUGAAAGGCGCGGUUCCGCUUCAGGUCUAAAUUACAAUAUAAAACAUAACGUAUUCUGGCAUUAAAUUGGACCAAUUAUCGCCGGGGCGCGCUGUGGAGACUCUUUCGGCGGGCAAAAGGGUCUGUGACCUGAGUGAAUGGAGGUGUUUGCAGCCUGUUCUGACUGAAUUAUCUUACUGGAGCGCAGGAGAAGCAGGAGGCUUUCUGACACCCUCGCUCCUGCUCUGGAUAAAGUGUCUACAGUAAAAAGCCUGUACCUGAAUAAAGAGCCAGGAUGAUUAACUCAGAGUUCCCUGUUUUACAGGACUCCUCUAAUGAGUCUGGGCAGGGAGACACUGUGAGCCUGAGCCUGAGUGUCAGUGAGCUGGAGGACACUGGAGAGGGAAAAGGCAAAAAGAAGAGAGGAAGGCCAGGAAGACAGCAAGCGUCCAAUAAGAAGGCCCGCAAAUCUCCGGUUGACAAGGGGGGAAGGAGGCCUAAUGGCAUGGCCCAGCAGAAUGGAGAAGGUGGGGACCCUAGCACACUGUUUGAGGUGGUCAAAAUGGGCAAGAGUGCUAUGCAGUCAGUCGUUGAUGACUGGAUUGAAUCGUACAAGCAGGAUAGAGAUAUGGCUCUUCUGGAUUUGAUCAACUUCUUCAUUCAGUGCUCGGGGUGUAAAGGUACGGUUAGAAUUGAGAUGUUCAGAAACAUGCAGAAUGCAGAAAUUAUUAGAAAGAUGACUGAGGAGUUUGACGAGGAUAGCGGGGACUACCCUCUCACAAUAGCUGGCCCACAGUGGAAGAAGUUCCGCUACAACUUCUGCGAGUUUAUUGGCGUUCUGAUCCGUCAGUGUCAGUACAGCAUCAUCUAUGAUGAGUACAUGAUGGACACAGUCAUUUCCCUCCUCACCGGCCUUUCAGACUCACAGGUCCGAGCCUUCAGACACACCAGCACACUCGCAGCUAUGAAGCUUAUGACAGCCCUGGUGAACGUAGCACUGAACCUGAGCAUCAACCAGGACAACACACAGAGACAGUACGAAGCUGAGCGCAACAAGGUUGCUGGGAAAAGAGCCACAGAUAAGCUAGAACUGCUGCUGGAGAAAAGGAAAGAGCUUCAAGAGAACCAAGAUGAGAUUGAGAACAUGAUGAACUCUAUCUUCAAGGGUAUUUUCGUUCACCGCUACAGAGAUGCUAUUGCUGAGAUCAGAGCUAUCUGCAUUGAGGAGAUUGGUGUGUGGAUGAAGCUGUACAGUGAUGCCUUCCUGAAUGACAGCUAUUUGAAGUAUGUGGGCUGGACAUUGCACGAUAGGCAAGGAGAAGUCCGACUCAAGUGCCUCAAAGCACUUCAGACACUGUACACAAACAGAGGGCUCUUCCCCAAGCUAGAGCUCUUCACGAAUCGCUUUAAGGACCGCAUUGUGUCUAUGACACUAGAUAAAGAGUACGAUGUGGCAGUGGAGGCCAUCCGGCUAGUGACUCUGAUACUGCAUGGCAGUGAGGACGCCCUCUCUAAUGAAGACUGUGAAAACGUCUACCACCUGGUCUACUCCGCCCAUCGUCCCGUGGCUGUGGCAGCAGGAGAGUUCCUUCACAGGAAGCUGUUUAGUAGACACGACCCCCAGGCAGAGGAGGCUCUCGCUAAGCGGCGGGGCAGGAAUAGCCCUAAUGGCAACCUCAUCAGGAUGCUGGUGCUUUUCUUCCUUGAAAGUGAGUUGCACGAGCAUGCAGCGUAUCUGGUAGACAGCCUGUGGGACAGCUCGCAGGAGCUGCUUAAGGACUGGGACUGCAUGAUCGAGCUUCUGCUGGAGGAACCUGUACAGGGAGAAGAAGUGCUGGGAGACAGGCAUGAGAGCGCUCUGAUUGAGCUCAUGGUCUGCACCAUCAGGCAGGCUGCCGAGGCUCACCCACCUGUCGGCCGAGGAACAGGGAAGAGGGUUCUCACCGCCAAAGAAAAGAAGACCCAGGUUGACGAUAAGAAUAAACUCACUGAGCACUUCAUCAUUGCUCUUCCAAUGCUACUGUCCAAGUAUCAAGCAGAUGCUGAAAAAGUAGCCAACCUCCUGCAGAUCCCACAGUAUUUUGACCUGGAGGUCUACAGCUCUGGGCGAAUGGAGAAGCACUUAGACGCCCUGCUGAAGCAAAUCCGGGUGGUGGUGGAGAAACAUACGGAGACGGAGGUACUGGAAGCCUGCAGUAAGACCUACAGCAUUUUGUGCAGUGAAGAGUACACCAUCAUGAACCGCGUGGACAUCGCCCGCAGCCAGCUUAUUGAUGAGCUCACAGAUCGCUUUAGCCACUCUGUGGAGGACCUGCUGCAAGAGGGGGAUGAGGCUGAUGAUGAUGACAUCUACAAUGUCCUCUCAUCUCUAAAGAAACUCACUGCUUUCCAUAAUGCUCAUGACCUCACAAAAUGGGACUUAUUUAAGAACUGCUACCGGUUACUGAAGAUGGGAAUAGAACAAGGGUCCAUGCCAGAGCAGAUUGCUGUUCAGGCUCUCCAGUGUUCACAUUACUCAAUCCUGUGGCAGCUGGUCCGGAUCACAGAGGGAUCUCCGUCCAAGGAUGACCUUGUUGCCCUAAGAAGAGUUGUGAAGUCGUUCCUAGCUGUGUGCCAGCAGUGCCUGUCAAAUGUAAACACUCCUGUGAAAGAGCAGGCCUUCAUGUUGCUUUGUGACCUGCUGAUGAUCUUCAGCCACCAGCUAACAACAGGAAGCAGAGAAGCCCUGCAGCCAUUGGUCUUCAACCCGGACAACACCCUGCAGAGUGAGCUCCUCACCUUUGUCCUGGACCACGUCUUCAUCGACCAGGAUGACGAGAACCAGAGCAUGGAGGGUGAUGAGGAAGAUGAAGCAAAUAAAAUUGAGGCUUUGCACAAGAGGAGGAAUCUGCUAGCAGCUUUCAGCAAGCUUAUCAUAUAUGACAUUGUGGACAUGCCUGCAGCAGCUGACAUCUUUAAACACUAUAUGAAGUACUACAAUGACUACGGAGACAUCAUCAAAGAAACACUGAGCAAGACAAGACAGACAGACAAGAUCCAGUGUGCCAAAACGCUUAUACUCAGUUUGCAACAGCUCUUUAAUGAGCUUGUGCAGGAUCAGGGGCCUAAUCUGGACCGAACCUCUUCUCACGUGAGUGGCAUUAAAGAGCUGGCCCGCCGCUUCGCUCUCACUUUUGGACUGGACCAGAUCAAAACCAGGGAGGCAGUAGCAACGUUGCACAAGGAUGGAAUUGAUUUUGCCUUCAAGUUCCCCAACCCCAAAGGAGCAGAGUAUCCUCCCCCAAACUUGGCUUUUCUGGAAGUGCUGUGCGAGUUCUCUUCCAAGCUACUCCGGCAGGAUAAAAAGACUGUGCACUCGUACUUGGAGAAGUUCAUGACGGAAUACAUGAUGGAGCGGAGAGAGGACGUGUGGCUACCACUGAUCGCCUACAGGAACUCUUUGCUAACAGGAGGAGAUGAGGACCGUAUGUCCGUCACAACAGGCAGCACCACCAGCAGAGCCAGCACAGUACGCAGCAAGAGAGGACGACCGCCACUGCACAAGAAACGUCCAGACGCAGACGAAAGUGUUGACGGCUCAUGGGUAAUGCGCAACGACACCAUUCAGACACCUGGAGGUCUGCAGACACCACAGCUUACUUCCACAGUGCUAAGAGAGAACCCACGACAAGCAGCAGAACACAUCCCAGAGCAAGACUCCUCAGAGCCUGGCUCAGAACCUGACUACAUUCACAAUCCACAGAUGCAGAUGUCAUGGCUUGACCAGCAGAAGAUAGAGGACGUGAACAGAAAAGAGCGGGGCGGCAUGAACUAUAUGAAGGCGCGGAGCGGAGGCGUAAGGCAACAAGUACGUGGCUUAAUGGAAGAUGACGCAGAGCCCAUCUUCGAGGACGUGAUGAUGUCAUCGCGUGGCCAGUUGGAGGACAUGAACGAGGAGUUUGAAGAUACUAUGGUGAUAGAUCUGCCACCAUCAAGAAACAGACGAGAGAGAGCUGAACUCAGACCGGACUUUUUUGACUCUACGGCAAUUAUAGAAGAUGAUUCUGGAUUUGGUAUGCAGAUGUUUUGAAGCGAACUGCAAAUUCUGUGGGGGAAUUGCAACCAGCAGUGUUGUUUCUCCAACCAAGCAGCACCAACGUGUUUUAAGAAUCACAUGUUCGAAAUUAUUUUCAAGCAAAAAAGACUCUUGUGCUUUUCUCAGUGAUAAAGUCACAGUCACAUGUUUGACACAGAGUAAAUGUUUGGUGAUCAUACUGAGUUUUAGUGAGGACCAGUGUGUGAAUCUUCUGUCUGUCCAACUCUUCAGUUUUACCAUGGUACACAUGGCCCAUAACGUUUCUUUUUUUUGUUUUGUUCUGUUCUGUUUUUGUUUUGUAGCGUUCCUGUAUAAAUUUCUCCCUUUUUAUCAAGUCCCUGAAAAGCGUUACAUAUUUUAACAGUUUUAAUAUGAUUGUGUGAAAUUCAUGUACAUACUGUAUGGUUUUAUGUAAUGUCACAGCACGUUCGGGUUGAGCACCACAUAGGAGCUCAAUGAAUUUCUCCUACUUCAAAUGUGGGGGACACACAUCAUACAAACACAAACAAGAGGAACAUGGAAUUACAGAGGUUUCAACAGCAGCAUUUACGUUCUUAACCUGGUUUGUCUUUGUUUUUCUCAAAUGGAAUAUUAACAGCUUGCCAGUUUACAUUUUACUAGUUUGCAUUUACCUCCUCUGGUUAAGAGCCUUUUAGAGUGAUUUGACCUUCAACUUUGCAUCUGUGAAUAUGUCCCAGCUGUAAAACAUCUACACAAUACAGUGUGUCUGUGAAUGUUAUCUGUUAUCUACUGGGACGUGGUGUCCCAUGUAUGAAAGCGCAUCAGAAGCUUCAUUUUAGGGCGUCAGUGUGGUAUACAAGAGUGAUGUCCCUUGUUUAGGAUGGUGCCUAUAGACUACAUUCACUAUUUUGAUUAGGACUCAUCGGGACAAACCGGGGGGGAUUAUCAUUUGUUGUUAUGAUAAUCUGUUCAUGUUGACUGUUGAUUUUUUUAUGUUUAAAUAAAGGUAUUUAAAAAAAAAUAUUUUCAAUUAAGUAAAUUUGCGAGAGCUGUCGGAACUCACAAGUGUUGGUUUUUUGGCACAAUUUUUUUUUUGUUGUUGUCUGUCCCCAAACUGUACUGGAAGUAUUUUUUUUCCAUGGCCAGAACAAAAAUCUUAAUAUGACCUUUUUUAUUACUGUUAUUAUUGGUCACCCCCAGUCCAGGUUCAUUUGCAUUGUUCACUAGUGUUUUCUCCAGCUGUUAAUGGGGAAAAAUUGGCCGUUAAAUUUCCAGACGGGCGAUUUCUGUUUCUUUAAGACUGAAAUUCAGUUUGUUUUAUCAAGAUGUUGUUUUCUUGCCACCCUGCUUGGAAUAAUCAGUCAACUAGAUUUUAACAGUUGCUCUGGAGAGAAAUCUACAUUUUGUUUCAGUGUUGUUGUUGUUCAGUACCAACAAAAUGCAUUUUAAUAAAAAUGGAUUAUUCAUA